AUCAUACAGCGGGGAAAAAGCCGAAUGAUGGCGUUUGGGGAAAGUCCAACCAAUCGCAAGGCGGAAAGAAACAAACCGCAGCCGGAGAAGUGAGCUGGCCUCCACUGCCUUAGAUGGUAUCGAAUGGAAGUGAAAAGUUACAUGUUGGUAACAUAUGGUAGCAAACUUUUGUUAGAAUGAAUGGAGCAGCUUACUCAAACUUUGACAACCAAGAACACGUUCUCAAAUUAGGCGAAACGUUUGAGAAGCAGCCCAAAAGCGCAUUCCACACAGUACGGUAUGACUUCAAACCCGCUUCGAUUGACACUGCGUGCGAGGGGGAGCUUGAGGUGGGCAAGGGAGAACAGGUGACCAUUACUCUGCCCAAUCUCGAGGGAUCAACUGCCCCGGUAACCGUUUUCAAAGGUUCCAAGAGGCCCUAUAUGAAAGAAUGCAUCCUAAUCGUAAACCACGACACGGGGGAAUACCGCCUGGAGAAACUGAACAGCAACAUCGCGGUGAAGAAGACCAGGGCGGAGGGCAGCAGUAAGGUGCAGUCCCGUCUGGAGCAGCAGACCAGCCGGCUCAGCCAGCAGAUGAAGGGUGGGAACGGGGGCGGGGCCAAGGCCGCCUCCGGCUCCAGGAGCUCCCCCCCCAAAGACAGGACGUCCCCCGCCUCCCCCAUGGACGACAUCGAAAGAGAGCUGAUGGCGGAGGCGCGGGAGAUGGAUCAGAUGAGCAGCGGCGACAGCUCCUCUGGAUCCCGCAGCUCCUCCUCGUCCAGCGACAGCUCCAGCAGCGAAUCGGAGGACGAGGCUAAGCCCCGCCCCCCGCCCUCCUUCCCCGGCCCCGCCCACAGCAUGCCCGUGGUCACCGCCUCCCACAGCCGCGGCGAGGAGGCGGCCGGGCACUUCAUGAGCACGCUCAAAAAUGACCUCCAGCUGAGUGAGUCUGGAAGCGAAAGUGAUGAUGACUGACUUGAGACACCGGAGGAGUGAGAGAGAAAGAGAUGGAAAGAGAGAGAGCGUGAGCGAAGGAGAGCGAGAGAGAGGGGAGAGGAGAGGAGAGAGGAGAGGAGAGGUGUCUGCUGCCCUGAUCACCAUCAGGAAAGUGGCUUUUCAGGCAAAAAUGUACCAAAAUGGUGGAAUAGUUAAACAUUUCUGCUGACAUGAAGGCCACUGUAUUAGCUGGAGUCCUUGAAGCAUCUCGAUUAUAUUUUAUUUCAAUCACUACAUCAGUUUAUCAUCUCAGUUCUGCCUCGGGAGAGACCAGGAGUGAAAGAUGCGAUUCCUUUAAGAGUGACUCAAAUCUUUUCAGUGUUUAUUUUUUUAUUUUUUUGGUGUGUACUUAUGGAGAUGUUCAGAGUCUCAGUUCAGAACUGGAAAUUUGGGUUGUGUACUUUUUAAGUGCCAUUAUGCCAUCAAGGUCAUUCAAUUUACUUUGACCAAUCACGACCAGUAGACUUUUCUGUGCUGGACUUGGACAAAACAGAUCAUUUCAGUCCUCAGUGUUCAGUAGCAAACGGAUUGAGCAUUAAGCCUUUUGCCUUACAGUAAUUAUGUUGUACAAGAAAGUACCCGUGGCUUUCAGUUCAAAAGAAGAGGAGAACAACUGCUUUUGUUAUUUUCACUUGUAUUCUGCUUUAACAGAUCCUUCUUCUCAUGGCAUAUGAAGGAUCUUUGUCUCCAUAAAUUGCUGCACUACUUAAACUUAAAAUAAUUAAAUUAAGGUCACAAGCCUAUAGGAAGACAUUAUGUACCUUUAAUAUCAUGCUUCUUAGCUUUUUUUGCGCUUGAAACCUGCAAUACUUGAAUCUGUCUAGGUAUAAUAAUUUAUUUUUCUUAUAUUUGCAGAUAAGACCAACGCACUUCUUAUUUAAACGUGGGAACGCGGCAGGCCUGGUGUUUGUGGUGUAUGGCCGUGGGAAUGGGAAUAUGAACUCCAUGCAGGCCUGGUUAAAAUGAUCACGCACACAGGUUUGUGUUAGUGCUGAACUGAAGGCUUUUGCAGAGAUCUCAUUUUAAUUGCAUUUCCUUGCGCAAUGCAGAGGGCUGCAGCUGCAUUGCCCCGUGCGCUGUGGUACUAGUAACAUGCUUUCUCAGUUUAAAAUAGGAAGUGCUCCUGUAUGGGUUUGAUCAGGUGGUAGUUUAGUCUGUGGCCGUCCCGGCAGCAUUGAGACCACGUGUAUGUACGGAUGACUGCAGGAGCCCAGAGGACAGGUCCCUGAACACUGGGUCCCUGAACACUGGGCCGCACAGCGGUGUUGGCUCUGCUCGAUCAGCGGAAUCACUGGUCCUGACCCUUAGUGACUUGUUGGUGAAUGAACGUAUAUGGAGUAAUAAAGAUUUUAAAAGAUUUGUCAA